AUGCCGCGCCUCACCCCUCUGUUCCUCCUCUCCCUUUUGGUCGCCCUCACGGCGUACCUGGUCUCGCCCACCCUACGAUCGUUCCUCGAGACGGCCAGCGCGGCCAUUGCGAACCACACAUCUCAUAGCCCAGAGUCGGCCACAGUGAAGAGACCCAGGAUGCCCGUCUACUUCUUCUCCCACGGCGGCCCCGACGUCAUGCACAACACGUCCCACCCGGUCUUCCCGGUCCUCCAGCCCAUCGGCGCCGAAAUCACCUCCCUCCGCCCCGCCGCCGUCGUCGUCUUCUCCGCGCAUUGGCAGUCCCCCGUCCCGGCCUCCGUCCUCGUCAACGCCGCCCCCUCCGCCCCCCUCAUCUACGACUUCUCCGGCUUUCCCCCGCACUACUACGCCGCCACCUACCCGAAUGUCGGCUCCCCGGCCCUCGCCGCCCGCGUCUGUGCCCUCCUCGUCGCCGACGGCGAAAUCUCCUGCUCCCGCACGCACCGCGGCCUCGACCACGGCGUUUGGGCCGGCUUCCACGUCGCCUUCCACCCCGACGAGAACCCCCUCCGCGUCCCCCUCGUCCAGGUCUCCCUCCUUCGCGGCGAGGACCCGGACGCCCAUUACCGCCUCGGCCGCGCCGUCUCCGCCCUCCGCGACGAGGGCGUCGUCGUCAUUGCCGCCGGCAUGUCCGUGCACAAUCUCCAUCACAUGGGCAGCGGGCCCGAGCCGUUGCCCUACGCUGUCAGCUUCGACGAUGCCCUCAAAGAGGCGGCCGAGGCCGGCGCUCACGAAAGGCAGCGAAAGAUGUCUCAACUGUGUAGGCGACCCGAUGCCAGACAGGCCCAUCCGUGGAUGGACCAUCUCAUGCCCGUUCAUGUUGCCGCCGGCGCCGCAGGGGACGACCUCGGCAGGCAGCUGUGGACUAUGAAGGAGGGCAGCUUCGCCUGGGCCCAGUACAGAUUCGGGUCCGGUCCCAAAACUUGA